AUGGCGGUUCUGAGUGAAACGGAAAAUCCGUCGUUCGGUGGUACUCUUGCAAUACUCCUUGGCGGUUGCGUUUUGGUGUAUUAUGCUGCCAUCGUAGUAUACCGGCUUUACUUCCAUCCCCUGGCGAAAUAUCCAGGACCUUUCUUAGCACGAAUAUCUCCAAUUCCGAUCACAAUCAGCCUUCUCCGUGGCCGCAUACCAUUUUUCAUGAAAUCUGCACAUGACAACUUUGGUCCUAUAGUCCGCGUAUCGCCGAAUGAACUCUGCUUUGACGAGGAAAUGGCAUGGAAAGACAUAUACAGCAGCCGACCAGCUGAUAUUAGACAAGAUCCCAUACACGUUGGAUCUAUAGCAGCGGUCCCGGGCGUCUCUUCCAUAACCAUGGCGAAUGACAUGGACCACACCCGCCAACGUCGAGCCUUGUCCCAAGCUUUCUCCACUAAAGCUUUGCCAGAACAAGAGUAUCCUGUUAUGAAGUAUAUCAACAUCGUCUCGGAUAAAAUGAGAGAAUGUGCAGCCAAGGAUGGAAUUGACUUUAGAUACUGGGUUCCCCUCAUAAGUGAAUCAAUCAAGGCCGGAGCAAUUGAGCAAGCCACACGGAGAGUUGCAACGGCCGGCAGUCCGCCGCAGACAUUCCUACAGUCUUGCAUCCCAGGUCGAAUUAGCGAAACAAGACAAAAGCAUCUGGACACCAGCCGAGAGAAGAUCUUGAACGCAACGAACAACCCUAAUAAGGACUUCUUGUACUAUGUGAUGAAACAACAGGAUAAGGGCGAACUAAAUCUCAACGAGGUGAUAGUGAAUGAUGCGCUGUUCAUCAUUGCUGGGACCGAAACUACCGCCGGCUUCCUCACAGGCCUCUUCAACCUCAUAACCCGUCCGGAGAAUCAGCACAUUCUAAGCAGACUAAAGGAAGAGAUACGAUCAAAUUUCAAGUCCGAUGGCGACCUCAACUUCGAAGACCUCGUCAAGCUACCAUACAUGACUGCGGUGAUCGACGAAGGCCUCAGAAUGUUCCCGUCCGCUCCAAUCGGAUUUGUAAGAACGGUACCAGCGGGAGGUGAUACAGUGUGCGGACAUUUUAUUCCUGAAGGAUUUGAUAGAGAGAAUCCCACGGAUAAGUUGGGAGCAAGGAACGCGUUCUCUCUUGGACCCAGAGGGUGUAUCGGGCGAAACCUAUCGUACAUGGAGAUGAGGCUAAUAAUGGGUAAACUUCUUUGGCAUAACGACGUGGAAAUGCACGGUGAUAACGAGAUCUGGAACCCAGCGGGUGAUUACAAGAACAUGGUGGUCUACAAAAACUGGAUCAAGCCAUCGCUGAACUUGAGGUUGACGCCGAGGAAGUUCUAG